AUGAGUUACAUUCAUCCCUCAUGGAACUACCCUGGCCAUUCGGGUCUCCCAAUGGACCACACUCUCGCCUACGACCCAAGCAUGGUUCCCCCUCCUAUGAUGCAUCCCAUGGACGGUUACUGCUACCCUCACCCACCCAUGGAGAUGAUUGAUUACUACCACCAACCCAUCAUGGACUACGACGAAUACACAGAGAACCUGUCCAGGCCGCGCUUGACAAAGGAGCAAGUCGAGACUCUGGAGAACCAGUUCCAGGCUCACCCCAAACCCAGCAGCAAUGUCAAGCGUCAAUUGGCGGCCCAAACUAACCUGAGCUUGCCUCGCGUGGCUAAUUGGUUCCAAAACCGACGCGCCAAGGCAAAGCAACAAAAACGCCAAGAAGAAUUUGAGAAGAUGCAAAAGGCCAAGGCUGAGGCCGAGGAGGCGGCCCGUCGCAAGUCAGACGCUUCGGAUCACCCAUCGGGGUCACAGACUUCUGCCCCCAAGGAAGAACCCGAGCGAUCCGAGACCCCGAAACAACAAACAGCAGUGAAGUCUGAGGACGGUGUGAAGACAGAUGAGAUUAAGAAGCAUCAAAAAACGAAGAGUGAGUCUGCCCGAGACGCAACUUUCGCCUCAUUGCAGCGAGCACUGAACGCUGCAGUUGCUGCAAGGGACCGCUUCACACGACGGGACUCGCGCUCCAAGCACGACUCCCCUAUUGAGGAAGAGCCUAUCUCUCCCACAUCGAUGGCCCCGCCCAAGGUGGCUGCUAGCGCACAGGAACACAAGGGCCAUCCCGCCUACCAAUAUCAGGACUGGCCCGAUGUCAAAGAGCCGGCUCAGUGGGCAUCCCCCCACGGUCACUCCGAAGUGCCAGGCUCAUCGCACUCCGUUUCUCAGAAUGUAGACGCAUACACAGGGGCACAGUUCCCUCGACACGAAGAGUGGGUUGAGGCUCCCAAAGAUCAACACAUGCAUGCCGUUGGAUCCGAUGCUGGUCUUGGUUACACAAACAUGCAAUACCCCUUGUCCAUGCAGACUCCCGACAUCUCCGUUACCCGCCGUGAGUCAUCAAGUGCUCUCACAGCUUCUUUGGAGGCUAUCGGCAUCUGCGCGACUGGAUCUCCGGAUACUGCAAGCCAGGCUGGAUCAUGGAAGGGAUCGGGUCAGGAGCUUGACCUUGCCGCUCGGCGAAAGCGCCCCCGUCCUGCCGCCAUUGGCACUUCCAACACUCACUCACUGGCUGCUUCAACCUCCAUGUCUUCUCUUUCUCCAACUAGCCGCAUGCCUAGUUCGGGUGCUGGUAACUCGAUGAGGCAUUCCAAGUCGGCUCAGUGCCUAAACAACAGAUACGCUGGUGUUCGCAAGGCUUCCGCUGCCCAGCGAUCCCCCCUCAACUUCACAUUUGCUGAGUCCGGCUCCAUGAAGGCUAGCAAGGCUGAGAUGUUGCGGCCAUCGGUCUCGUCAACAACUUUGGCUCCUCCAACCCCGUUGACCCCCCAAGACUUCCAACACUUCAUGCCUGCCUCGCCGACCGAUAGCUACUGCCUGUCAGCGCACUCUAAUACUCAAUUCUUCCCCUCAUCUCAGCCCAUGCAAGUAAACAUUGCAUCCCCUCCUACUACUCCCUUGGACAUCUACUCUCCUUUCACCUACCAGAAUGCACCCCCGCCAAUGUCGGCCCCAGCUCAAGUCAGCAAUUUUCCCGAGUAUGUUAGCUGUGACCCAGUUCCUAUGACUGCUCGGAGCUGGCAAGACACUUCUGCUCUUUCCUCACCGGAAUACCCGGCUGGUCUUCAAGUGCCACACUCUAGCACUGUUUCACCAAUUGGCUAUGAAGCUUCUGUUGACCACCGCGGGCAUGGCUUUAUGGAAUCUGUUGCUGGCUCCCCAUCCUUGAUCUACUCGAUCGAGGAUGCCGACAUGCCAAUUUCAGCAGAUGGGGAAAGGAAAGCUUCGGAGUUUUCGAUGCAUGAGUACCACGAGCAGCAGGAGGCUCAUCGUUUCGCUGCUCAUCAGAUGGGGUCUGUUCACAAGCCAAAGGCAUACACAUUUGCGAACAAUUCCACGCCGAGCCACUACCCCUGA